ACCAUACAUAGGCUUGAAGAGGCAAAUCAGAAAGCAUCUUCUAGAUUAGUCUUCUCUCCUCCAGUCUCAUAACUACACAGUCUUCUCUCUUCUUUCCUACAAAUCCAAAUCCAGCUUCACCUCAUAAACUGAACCCUACAAGCAUGGUCGGGACCUCUCAGAAACCUUCCACAACCACCACCAUCAAGUUCCUCUGUAGCUACGGCGGCAAAAUCCUCCCCCGUUAUCCCGACGGCAAGCUCCGUUAUCUCGGUGGCGACACCCGCGUUCUCGCUGUCGAUCGCUCCAUUUCCUAUGCCGAGCUAUUGUUGAAGCUCGUGGAGUUGUGUGGAACCUCCGUUUGCCUCCGUUGUCAACUGCCGACGGAAGAUCUUGACGCUUUGGUCUCGAUCACUUGUGAUGAGGAUCUGGAAAAUCUCAUCGAGGAAUACGAUCGAGGUGCUUUAUCAUUAUCAUCAUCACGGCAGUCCAAUUUGAAGAUCAGAGCCUUUUUAUUUCCUCCCAAAUCAAUCAAAAAAAUCUCUCCUCCUCCUUCAUCGGCUUCCUCCAGCUCAUCUUACAGUACUGCUCCGGUUUCGACUCCAAGGUCUCCGAUGUCAUUCGCCGACGGCCGUUGCCUCCGCCAGAUCGCUCCACAUAUGGCGUUUCAAAAAUCGGUCGCUUCUAAUAGAGAACCGUACUGUGCUCACCACCAUAUUCAUGGAAAUCCAGGCCAAGUCUACCUCAUUCACCACGGAAACCACUGGCAAUAACCAGAAAAAAAAAAGGAGACGAAGACGAAAAUGAAAACGUUCGUGCAAUUUUAAAGCAAAUACGACAAAUAGUAUAAACAAUUGGGGCCUAAACGCAAAAAAGAACAAAAUCAAGGAGUUAUAUAUAAAGAAAAAGAAGUAUAUAUAUAUAUAUAUAUAUAUGUGAUGUAAUUGGAGCUGUAUAUCGUUGAGAUGGAUUGCUUUUUAAUCCCUGGCGAUUAAUGAAUUUCAGUGCAGUUUGGUGUU